AGGAUAUUAGUCCCAUAAUUAUGUUAUAGUAUUUUUUAUAACUAAAAAGAACGCCAACCUUCUUGUAACAAACCUCCGCCUCAGCACCACCGUGCGGGAAUUGUCGGGCCUCCGUCGUGCUGUUUUUCUUUAAGGAUUCAGGAAUUAAAUUGAAAUCUUAAGAUGCCGGCUACAGCAGGUAGGGUUCGCAUGCCUGCGAACAACAGGGUUCAUAGUAGUGCAGCCCUUCAAACCCAUGGUAUAUGGCAGAGUGCCAUUGGCUAUGACCCUUAUGCACCCAAUAAGGAAGACAAGGAUUCUUCUCAAAGUCGACCUAAUGCGGAGCCUGAUGCUGAGAAUGCAUAUGCCAGCUUCCAAGGGCUUCUACAGCUUGCUAAGAUUACCAAUGCUGAAGUGGAUGUGUCCCGCGGAGCUUGCAAGAAGUGUGGCCGUGUUGGGCACCUCAAGUUUCAGUGCAAGAACUAUGUGAAAAUCAAAGAUGACAAGGAGGAGAAGGAUCCUGAAGCAAUGCAGCCUCUGGGGUUGGUUGGAAUGGAUAAGUUGAAGGGAAAGGCUGAGAAGGUGGAUAGGAGAAGCAAUGUUGAGAGCUCAGAAGAGGAGGAUGAGGAUAGUGAAAGUUCAGAUUCUGAAAUUGACUCAGAGAUUGAGAGAGCUAUUGCUGAAAGGACUGGGAAGAAAGUUAGUGAGAAGGGAGGUCCUUAUAGAAAGAAGGGGGAUUCAAGCGAUGAUGUUGAGUCAGACAAAUAUUCUGGCAAAAAGAGGAACAAGAGAGGUAGGGCAAAGAAGAGGAGUGUUAAGAGGGAGGCUAGUGAUUCAGAUGAUUCCAGUGAGAGGAGGAGGAGGAGCAGGAGGAGGAAAAAGAGGGAGCACAGGAGGAGUAGGAGGGACAAGUCUCCAGAUGAUAGUGAUGAAUAUAGGCACAAGAAAAGGAAGAGUAGGAAAGAGAAGAGGAGAAGGAGAAGCCGACUAUCAGAUUCUGAUUCUGAUUCUGAAACAUCUGAGGAUUCAACUUCACGGCACAAGCGAAAAAGCAAGAGGACAUCGUCGUCAACGGACACUGAUUCAAGUGAUGGAUUUAAAGAUUCAAGGAUUGGUAGGGAUGUCAAAAAAUCAGAAAAGAGGAGACGACGCCAUGGAGAUGAUGAUUAGUGAGGCAACUCAGUAGUAAAUCAUAUGUCCAUUGAUGAUGGAUUCUGAACUUUUAUGUAUCAUGCACCUAUAUGCUUGUUCAAAUAUUGUACCUUGUUUUGGUGGAGCUUCAGUAUAUGGUUAUCAGUCCGACUUGACAAAAACUGCAGGCAAGUAUAUGCUCCUAUUUAUGGUAGUUAUGGCCGGUUCAAUUGACUAUCUUGUUACCUAGAUGAUCAAAACUAGACAGGCCUGUUCAGCUGGUUGGACAGGGACUUCUACAGUCAAAAUUGUAAUUAAAUUUAAAAUAAAAUUAUAAUCUUCUUAACCUCAAGGCGCUAUCUUAGUGAAGCAUGACAUGGUAGUGUCCGACGUGUUGCAUGUUCAAAGCCCCAUUAGAUUCCUUCAAGUGAGAUUUCCCCUUAAUUUUUUUAUUA